AUGCUACUGAUGUCCGACAUGAAGCAUCGCACGCUGAAGCCCAACCUUGUCACCUACAACGCCGCCAUGGCUGCACUGGUGGAGGGGAGCGAGUGGCAGUGGUCCCUGGAGCUCAUGAGGUACCUCUACCACCAAGGGCUGCGGCCCGACAUCGUGACCUUCGGGGCCGCCGUCAGUGCUCACGCCCGGGGCCUCGCCUGGGAGAGGAGCUGCGCGCUUCUCUGCGAGAUUCGGGCCAGCCGUUUGCGAGCCGAUCUCGUGACCUACAACUCCGCAAUCCUCGCAUGCGAGGGGGCAGGGCAGUGGCAGCAUGCGCAUCUCCUGGUCGAAGAGAUGGGCAUGAAGCAGCUGCAAGGUGACGUGAUCUCGUUCAGUGCGGCAGUGAGCGCAUGCGACCGCAGCGGCGUGUGGCAGGGAGCCUCCUCAUUGGAGGUGCGAAGGCUGCGCUUCUUGGGCAGCUUGCGGCUGGCAUUGCUGCGCCUGGUGCGGGCAUGA